AUGGUAUGGGUCACAUGCAUUAAUAGCGACGAUGCUGGGCGAGUUCUCAGCAUCAAUUGGUGCGUUUGGGAAAAAUCGGGCAACAUUGUCUUCCGAGGAAGCUCGAAAUUGGAAGAGUGCCUCUUCUUGGCCAACCUUUGUGAAGUUGAACUUGUUAUCGUCAAAUGGCUGCAAGACUUUAUCAACUCGAAACUCUGUCGGCCUCUUUUUCAGGUGCCUUCCCUCGUUUAUCUGCGCAAUAAACCCAAGGGAAUCCAAGAACUCCACUGGAGGCUGUUCGUUCUCAGAGCUAAUCAAACUCUUUUCAGAAACAACCUUAUUUCCAUUCUUAAACUCGUACAGAGACAGCAGCUUCUGAAGCAAUUGCGGCCGCAGCCGGCUGCAUGGUGGCCGCCAUCCUCCGUGUCUUCCUUUUGGGGAGCUAACAGAAGAGGUGACCGCCGCCGGCAAGGAAGAGUAGAUCGGAGGGGCUUCCGCCAUUGGAGGGAAGAGCGCCACGUCCACCGUGCGGCGAAGGGUUGCUCUCGGUCACACAACCCUUGCGCCGUACUGCCCGGACAUGAAAAGAUGAACAAAAAGGAGGCCUUACUUAAAAUCCAGGGUUCCGGCGAAAAGGAAGAAGAAGAAGAAGAUUGA